ACUUUUUCGGAUGCGGGCUCGUCCAAAAGCAAUAUGGCGGACGGGAUUGAGCUUUUUCUGUAAAACCAGCAAUUUCAUAUGUAUUUUCCCCGCCUUUAGUCUAGAGAAUGCCGAUUACUGAUUUGAUACCGUCUCUGGAGGGCAACCCUUACUUUUCCGCAGGAUUUGGUUUGGUUGGUGUUGGGGCAGUGCUUGCAGCUUUGCGUAAGGGAAGUCUGCAUGGACUUGUAGCUCUGCGACGAUUCGCUCUAACUACUCUUGAAGUCCCUUCCAAAGACAAAAGCUACCACUGGGUUUUACAGUGGAUCACAGCACAAGUUAGCAGAGCGCAGCAUUUAAGCGUAGAAACGACAUUUCAACAGCACGAAACAGGAAGAGUUUCUACUCGCUACGAUUUCGCCCCAAGUCCAGGAACUCAUUUUUUCCAGUACAGGAAACAUUGGAUUCGCGUGGAGCGAUCCCGGGAAAAAAUGGUUGAUCUUACAACAGGCGCACCUUGGGAAACAGUGACACUGACAAUGCUCGGUAGAGAUAAACAAGUGUUUUUCGAUCUUCUCGACGAGGCACGGACCAUGGCGCUAGCUAAAACAGAAGGGAAAACGGUCAUGUAUAUCCCCAUGGGGGCCGAAUGGAGACAGUUUGGUUUUCCCCGGAGGAAGAGACCGUUGAACUCAGUGAUAUUGGAUGAAGGGAUAGCAGAGGGAAUACUUGCAGAUGUUAAGGAAUUUAUUGGAAGCCCUAGAUGGUACAUGGAUAGAGGUAUUCCAUAUAGAAGAGGAUAUUUACUGUAUGGACCUCCUGGCUGUGGCAAGAGCAGUUUUAUUCAAGCGCUUGCUGGUGAACUAGACUACAGCAUAUGUGUUAUGAACCUGAGUGAUCGCAGCCUGACUGAUGACAGGCUCAACCAUUUGAUGAGUGUGGCACCCCAGCAAAGCAUCAUUCUCUUAGAAGACAUUGAUGCUGCAUUUGUAAAGCGUGACGAGACCAAUGCUGCUAACAAGGGAGGUGGCAUGUACCAGAACAGGGUCACAUUUAGUGGUCUCCUAAACACACUGGAUGGAGUGGCGUCCUCGGAGGAAAGGGUUGUCUUUAUGACCACCAACCAUCUCAAGCGCCUUGACCCCGCCCUUAUCCGUCCAGGAAGAGUUGACUUCAAGCAGGAGAUUGACUGGGCCUCAAGGUCGCAAUUAGUGCGAAUGUUUGCACGGUUCUAUCCAGAGCAACCAGCAACAGUUGCCACUGAGUUUGCAGACCGUGUCAUGGAUGGUACAGGGAAGAAAAGCAUAGCUCAAGUGCAGGGCCAUUUUAUGAUGUUCAAAGGAGACUCAAGGGGUGCAAUAAGUAACGUGGAACUUAUGGAUAAAACAUGACACUCAUAUAAUGGAAAUUAAAUUUGUCUGUUGUGAUAGAAUGAGAAAAUAAACAAAUACUUUGUCAAAA